GCUGUCACCCCGCGCUUCAAGCAGGAGACAACAACCGUUUAAAAUAAUGAUAUAGAAAACACUCCUGACUUUGGCCCAUGACUACUGACAUUCCUCCAUUUAAGGACUCUUUUCUUAUUAUACGAACUCUGAUAUUAAAUGUUGUUGACAAAUACUAUAGGGGAGAGUGGGGUAAGUUCAGCCAAAAGGUAAGUUGAGCCACCUCCUGUUGCUUGGAAAUGGUAAAAGAAAUUGAUCAUGUGAGCAAAUAUGAAGGAGAUGGGCAUCAAUUCAUGGAGUCUGUGAAGGUUAGAAGCACAUGGGUGAAGGGGUUAGACAUUUAUUUAAAAAAAAAAAAACAUUUUUCACUCUUGAAAGUGAAUUUAGUCUGUCUAAAGUUUAACUAGAAUUGUGUUCAGACCAAAAAAGAUCAUUUUAAAUUUGUUUUAUGCAUCAAUUGAGCUACGACAUGAGGUCAGAAACCUAGCAUAAAAGUCCAACAUUUUAGCUUAGAGGACUAAUAAAGUCACAAUAGUAGUUCUGGGGUAAGUUGAGCCAGAAGUUUAACUGAGAAAGUAAAGAAGUCUGAUGAGAGGAUCAGAGUUUCAGUUCAGAUUGUUGAAAUGUGUUACUUUUUCUUUUCUAAAAUACAGCUGUGAAUGUUCUGAAUCACUUAAAGACAUUCUCAUGUUGAAAUGACUUUUUACAAAACAGCUUUUUAGCAGUUAUAUGCAAUAAUAAUAAAAAUAAUUAUUGUACCAAUUGAAUAGCGUAUAAUAGAUAAAAAUACACAUGAAUGUGAAGAACUGACUGUUAUUUAGGGAGAGAGAAGGUGAGGGAAUGGUGGGGGGUCAGCAGGGAUACGACUUAACUUACCCUGCUUCUAUGGUCAACUUACCCCAUACACGGGGUAAGUUGACCAUAGGUUACCACUUUUUUUUGGCAUGCUAUAUUAUCAAGACAGUUGUAUUUAUACAUAUUCUGUUGGUUUGCAGGGAUGAACAACAUCUUGAAAUAUAUGCAGAUUCACUAGUUAGAGACAAAACUAUGAUUGUCUUGAUGUAGUGAUCCAAAAUAUGAAAAAUGGCUCAUCUUACCCCACGCUCCCCUAGCCUAAAUACAAACCUUGCUGAAAGAGUCUGCAACCUACAUGUGACAUUUUGGAAAAAAAGAUAAUGUGAUAGAUGGCAUCAUUGGGCUUUUUUUUAUAUGAAACAGAAUCUAAUCUAACAAAAAAAUAUAUAAUAAACUCCUCUGUAUCUGGAAUAAGUAGUGUUUGCUUUGGAUCAACACCUUUUGUUUCCUGGAUUAAAAAUAAAGCCACAAUUAUUGAAUGAUCUAGAGAGUUUAAACAAUUAAUUACCACUUGCACAGAAAUUAAUAUUGCGUUCUUUGAUUAAAAACUCCCCGCACAAUCUCGCUGUGGUUUCUCGCUGCGGUCAUGUGUCCACUGCCCCACCUCUGGAAUAACUGCUGUUGUGCCAAGCUUGAUAUUAAUAACUCUGAAGCCCUCUGCAUAUCUUUUAUCAGCCCACCCAGCUUUGGCUCUUUGUCCUCUGUUUUGUUCCCAGCACUGGUGCAGCACUAUGUUAGUAGGGUGUUGUUCCUAAUGUCCUCUGAGGUUAGCCCAAUAGCUGCUCAUUAACAGCUUCUUAAUAAUAUGUAGUGACAUCUGUGACACCAGAAUGGGCCGAGGUGAGGGUGGAGGAUGAAUUAAGAAUUUGACACCACUGGUUUAGAACUUGCGUUUGUAUCUUGUCAAGGAUAAUAAACAGAGCUUUUGAGAUUUGCUGUAGCUCAUAUUGUUAUCACAAGCACUCCUAAUAACUGAAUGAAUAAAGAUAAAACAAUACGAUGAAAACAAAUCCAAGCAUCAUUUUCCUUUUUUCCCUUAAAGAUGAUCUUAAUCCUUGAAUUAAAAUGUGACAGCCCACACAGAUACAUGGCUAUCUUAGUCCUCAUUCAGGAACUGCUGGGCACGCUCUUUUUCUAUUUGUAUUUUAUCAUCCCCUCCACCUGCCGCAGACUGUAUUGCACCCAGUAUGCAGCUCAACCUCAGUUUGGUCACUUGCCAGAACCAAGCACAAUGAAUUAUAAAUGAGGAACACUUGCAGCGAUGAGUAAUGCUGCUUCAGUGCACAUACCCUUGGUAAGGGACUGGGGGGGUAGACGAGAGGCAGAGAUAUUAAAAGUUUACGUAAUAUGACAGUCCAGGGAAGGUUAAAAAAAGAAAAGAAAUGUGUAGCUGUGCAGAUAUGGGAAAAGAGCAGAACUGCUGAUUGUACUUCUGGGAACAGUAACCCUUCUCUCUGACAAUAAGACCCAGUAGGAUUGUGAAACAGUGUCUCAUAUUUUCUGCGCUAUCACACACUGAAACGUCCAUUUUCUCCCUUUCAGACGAAACAACUGCAGAUCUGACACACAAUGCCCCGACUGACUAAAAGACUGGCUUCCUCUCUACAAAUUCUUCUUUGUUUCCAGAGACACUGGCAGACAGAAAUAGACUCCUGGGUGUCUGCUGCCAUAAAUCGCUGCUGUCUGCCAACCAGCCAGCCCGAGAGCCCUCCUGGCACCCACCUCCCCUCCAUUCCCCCUUCCUCUCAUCUCCCUCUAAUGGAUCCAUAUAUUCUCACGUCAAGCUGUGGAUACUGAUCUGUGCUUGUCAAUACGCUUUCUCUUGUUAAUUUUCUGCUUGGAUGUAUGUCCUUCUUGCUCUAUUUGUUUGACUGAGAAUGCUGUCAAACAAAUGUUUCUCUCUGUCCCUAUCUCUGUCUUCCCCUUUCCCCUUCUUUGUGUUGUGGUCAUGUCCUCCCUUUUGUCCCUCCCUCUCACUCCCUCCAUCACUUUUUCAGCACUUUCUGAGGAGACUUUUUGAUUUCUGUUGUGUCUAAUCUUGCAGAAGUGGAAUGUACCAAAACCACAUCAAAGACACCAACAACAACUGCAAUAAAACUCUCCUCUCUGAAUACAAGGUAAGCUCCGUCUUAUAUACUCUCCACCUGCUGCUUUAUUCAUAAAGGUAUAUCUCUAUAGAUUUAAAAUCCAGAUUAUACAGAAAAAGAUCUGGUGUUGCAGGAGAUUAAAUCAAGUCUAUGUCUAUUUUUCCUCAGAUUCUGUGUCUCCUGUGUGUGUGUUACAGGAAAAGCUUAUCCAAUCUAUUAAAAGAAUCAAGCAUGAGGUAGAUGAGUGCAGAGAAGCGGAGAGAGAGACGUACAUAGAGUCUCUGGAAGUAGAGGUAUUGUUGCUGCAUUAUUAAUCCUUGUCUUUUUCUGAAAUUUAUUCCUUUCAUUCACCACAACCUCAGGAUUCAAAACAUUUCUGCUAAAGCUAGUUAUCGUCUGUAUUGUUGAAUUCACAAAGUAAAUUUUCCGUCACUGAUAUUUGUCCAUCUUUACACUAGAACAGUUUUGAUGCCCUGGAACGAGAAAUCAGAGCUGAGUUUCAGAACCUCCACCGUUUCCUGGAUGAGGAGGAGAGCAGGGACCUGGAGCGACUGAACAGAGAGAAACAAAAACAACUAAAACAGCUGAAGGAGAGAGAGAAGAAGAUAGUGGCACAAGGAAGAGACCUGGAUAAUGCGAUCACGGUGCUGAAUGGGAAAUUAGCGGAGGAGGACAGCCCCAAACUGCUAAAAGUAAGGGAGAAUUUUCUCUCAGGAAAAACAUUACUGAAGUUGAGUAUUCUGUUGUUAAGCAAAGCUAGGGUGUUGAUAGGGAUGUUACACAUUUAGAAGGUGAGGUAAUUUGAGAGUGGAAAUAAAAGAGGAGUGGGAAAAGUAUUUGGACGCCUUCCAUCAACGAUCUGGAAACUUCUUCGCACAACAGCAAAGCCAUGCCAGAGUUUAUGUGGGGUCAAUAGAGUUCUCUAAAAGUUACUGAUCUUACCUGUGAAGCUUCAAAAUAAACAACUUGAAAUGACCCUUUAAUUUGAACUCAUUACACCCAACAAUAGGAAUAAAAUGACUCUGCAGCUCCACAUCAGAAGGAUCCAAACCCAGAGCCGCAGUGCAAACCCUGUACACACAACUCCUUCCCUCCUCGUCUUUGGCACUUAUUUGAUCAAUUAGAGACAUUGAUUGGCUGAACAGUUGACUCCCCUUGUUUUGCUGGUCUAAAUCAAUUUCUCAUUUAAAAAGUGAAAGGACAAAAGCAGCCAGGCAUUAGUCAGCAAAUAGGAAUGGGCAGCAUGAGACGGUCGGACUCACAUGACUGCUUGUACAAACAUUUUAAGAGCUGUGCUGUACUGUUCAAAACAAUUCCAGCCAUCUCUUGUAAAUCUUUUCUCUCAUUGCAGGAAAUUCAAGAUCUUGUAAAGAGGCAAGAUUUCUUUCAGUUUCUUUCCACCCUCCACAGUUUUCUUCACAUCUUAUUAGUCUUGUGUGUUGACGCACUUUGAAAGUCUCACAUCAAUCUGUUUGCAUAAUUCUCACUUCAGUCUAACAGAAGACUCACUCGCUCCCGUUCAUUAUUCUGUCUGUCCCUCUUUCCAUUUCGUCCAAGCAGGUCUCAGGUCAGCUUCACUCCCCCAGCAGAGGUGGACACUGAGGUGCGCUCUGGUCAGUUUGUGGGGCCGAUACAGUACAGGAUAUGGAAGCACAUGAAGAGCUGCCUUUACCCGAGUAAGAUCAUACAUUUCCCAUCUUCGAUAACACCCCAUGCAAAGAAUAAAAACUAACCUUACUUCAACUCUGAUUGUCUACAGACAUUACUUCAGCGACCUUUGACCCUGACACGGCCCACCCAAAUCUGUCCCUGUCACAGUCCUGCAACUCAGUCUGGUUUGACGAGGAUAAAGACACUAAGGACUGUGAUGACAACCCUCGGCGGUUCCACUAUUAUUACUGCGUACUGGGCCAUCAGGGCUUCACCACAGGCCGACACUACUGGGAGGUGGAAGUGGCUCACAAGACGGCAUGGAGGUUGGGUGUGGCGAGAGAGGACGUAGAAAGAGGGGAGAUGGAUGCUACGGGGACCACCAGUGGCCUGUGGACCCUGGCCUUAAAGGGCGGAUCUGUCUUCGCCUGCACAGACCCAAAACCUACAAAGGUCCCUGUGUCUGUGCGACUGGUCCGCAUCGGUGUGUUUUUAGACUGUGAGAAGGAGGAAGUGUCUUUCUAUAAUGCUGUUACCAUGGCGCCAAUCUACACCUUCACUAUGGAGACUGUCAUGGUUCCUCUGUUCCCUUUCUAUAACCCCUGCGACGCAGAUGAUGGGAAGAAUGUGGCAGCACUGAAGAUCUUCAACCCGUCACUAUAAUCAGGGAUUGUUUUUAAGCAAAAAAAAAGGAAAUUGUUGAGUUGUUAAAAAAUAAAAAGUUAUUCAGCUCUUCAGAAAAGAAAAGUUUCACUUUAUUCUUCCACAAAAUAGUAGAUGACAUAAGACAUCAGACAAACGAAUUUCCCUUUUGGAGUUCAAUAAAGCUCUUAUAUUGUGUUGUAUUUGAAAGAGAAUAACUGACAAUUACUUAAAUAGUGAAAUCAAACAUUGGUCUCAGGUACUUUUCAAGCAAAUGUGCAUUUUCUUUUGUGCCACUGGAAAUAAACAGAGUCCUUCAGAUUUUGGAGUAAAGUUUUUUUUUUUCAGUGAAAACAAUCCCACUUGAAUACCUAACCUAAAAUUUGCGGUUCAUUUUUCACUGUUUUCUCAGAUUUUAUAUUCAUAGUGGCACAUGGCCAAUUUGUAGGAUGCUGUUGACCACUUUUUUAAACUUGGCGCUGCUGUUAAAGGUCCUGUGAGGAACUUCGAGGUUGUGUUGAUUUUAGCAUCCCGUAAACAAAGCAGCGCCUCUUAUUCUUAGUUAAUAUUAUCCUGUAACUUCGACACCUGUGUUAUCUGAAUAAAAAGAAUAUCUCCCAGCUUUCUUUCAUCACUCAAAUCUUUCACUCACUGUGAAUAUUAUAUGUAAAACAUACUUUUUCAGUGCCUGACACUCACCCUGUGGCAUCAUUCGGACUGAACGCAUUCUUAGUUUACAAAAUAACAAAAGUUGAGAGUUGUUGCUGAUGGUCAUGCUUGCUUUUGGAGGUUAUAAAGAGACAUAAACAUUCAAGCGUAACACAGCAGUGGUUCCAAACACAAUUCUUUCUCCGUUUACUGAGAUAACUUGGAAGCUUUGCAGUUAGUAAAAGCUUUAUAUAAAUACUGAUCUCAUUUUGUUGUAUUUAUAGGUGAUUUUAGGGAAACAAAGAACCAGGAAGGUUAUUAUCUGCAGCCAGCUGGGAGCUUCAGGGUCCAGCAGGUGUCAACAACAUUAUGCAGUUACCUUUAGCCUGUUUAAAAAUAUCUCUGUUGUGCCUGCUCUGCGACAAUGUGCCCUGGCGAAUUUAUGGCAUCUCAAAAUGAAGCAGUUGAAUUAGUGGCACGCAGAUCCCGAGGGGCGAGAAAGUGGCGCGUGACACCCUGAAUGAAUGACGGCUGACAUUGAGUGAGAGGCUUGGCUGAGAUCAAACAGGCAGCCCAGAUACAAAAAGAAGAAAAGACAAGGACAACAGGACAGCAAAUGUCAUAAUAGCUUGUUUAUUCUUAGUAUUCCUUUAGACAUGUAAUAAAGAAACAAACUUUUUUUCUGUACAAAACAUCAGUGUGAAGUUGUGCAAAAAGGGAGUAGAGAGAGAACAGGUGGGACAUCACACCACACCAAGGCCAGGACAGGAGACGUAAACAGAGAGACCAGGGCAGAGACUUCUCACAUAGUGCAAGAAGUGCCAGUGCUAAGUAAGGUAGUGGUUUCUGUGAGUGGGUUUUCAGAGGUGGAAGUAAAAUUAGAAACCCUCUGGCACAAGUUGGAUGUCAUAACUUUAAUCCCCACUAGACUGCACCGUCCUUGAGAUGCUGGUAAACCAACAGUCACACUGUCUGCCUCCUUCUCAUCCAUUUUUCCUCUGAAUGGCCUGGAAUUACAAUCACUUACAAUAUACAGUAGUGGUGGUGCAUGGAAAUGCUGUUUUAGCAGUCCCGCAACAUAAGCCUGAGGGUUACCCACACAGAGCUCCCCAUUCAUCUGCUGCUUUCAAGAAUUCACUCACGUACUCCAAACUGUGCAACGAUGAUCAAUGAAAUGGAAAACACCCUCACCUACACACAGAGCAAACUCAGCUCUCCUCAGAGUUGCAUCGCUUUCAUAGAAUACGUUACAUAUCUCCAACACAUAAGCAUUUCAUAGGCCUGUCAGUGGUUUAACUAGGAUUGGUCGUGUGCAAACAAGUUUUUUUUACAUCACUGAAUACUGUAAAUAUCAAGUAAAAGGUGCCAAAAGGAGUGCCGGAUACUGACAGAGUACAGGCCAACUAUCCAAAAACAGGGUUUAGGCACUGAACAGAUAGACAAAAAUCACUCCAAAAUCUCAAAGUUACAAUAUCUUAUACAAUAUGUUGUGGCUUUAAACACAUUCACACUCAUGACAUGAACACAGCACUUGUUUGCUUUACAUUGCAGGACGAGUUAAGCAGGCACAUGAAUACCUUACUCACAACAGACAGAGUAGCACAUGUAAAGAAUAGUUGUUUUUGUCUAUGCAUAGACGCAGCUCACACCUACACGCAUAAAUCACAGUCUUGGAUCAUUCACGCUCAUUUCUACAUGCACAGUGACACAGAAACUUUAAACGCACAAUGAUGGCAACAGUUCGACAUCACUCCUCCGCUCAUACAAACACACACAGAGCUUUAGGGUGAUCAAAGCUUGUUUUUCAGGACAUGUCAUGAGCAUGCUUUAAGUGACAUAGGUUAACAUUUUAAUACAACAUGUAAAUACUGUGAGAGAAGCCUUAUGCUGUGAGUAUCAUCAGGUUUGAAUGGCAAUAACAGCAGAAAAUUGAUCUAACAAGAUCUAAUCUGGAUGGAUUUUUACAAUAUUUGGUUUUAAAGUAGUUCAAGAUGUUAGUGAGUAUUAGUGUUUAUAGCAUAUAAUAUAUGUCUGUAUAUAUACUGAAUGUAAUAUACUUUGCAUUUAAGGUUGGUGAGAAAUUUAGUUUUUUUUACUUUGUUUUUACGGUAUAAUAUAACCACCAUUCUGUACACUAAAAACAUUCAGCCUUCAAAGGGUUAAACUGGCGUAUACAUGCAAUAUUUACAAGGCUGAAAUAUGAGUGUGUGUCUGAUUUGUGUGUCUCUGUGUUUGGAUUGUAUGAGCAAUGACAGGUUUUUAGUAUUGUCAAAACAGACUCAUAGGUCCAGACAACAAAUGAGGCGUACUGUUUUUAUUUUACAUUUGAAAGUCUUCAAAAAGGUGUAACACAUUUGACUGAUACUGUUUUCUUCUCAACAGUGAGGCCACAUGAUUUGAGUUCAUUUUUUGGUUGGUUUUAGUUUAUUUAUAUCAAUUGAUCAUAUUACAUUUGACAUCUAAACCUACCUAUUCAUAUGGCUUUGAAAAAGCUGACAUAUCACCUGAUUUGAACCUACAUGUAAGAAAAUCUAAUCGUAAAGAGAGAUACCAACACAGGCCAGUUGGUUGCAGAUGGAUCUACUAACAUUUUUCUAACAUUUCACUGAUUGUUUGACUGAAUUUUUCAUGGCUGCAAUUUGUGCUUCUCUCAAUAAACCCAAAUGCUUUUUGUUGACUUCAGUGCACCACAGUGGACUAUCAUUGGUUUUCCUGCCAGUCAGUCAGAGUAUGAGGUAGAGACAUGCAAUUUUAACACUAAAUUUUAUCUGCACACCUCCUCUGCACCAAAUAAGAUCCAAUUCAGAUUCACUAUCAAACAAUUUCGAACCCACUUGGCAUUGAUCAAGGCCUCGCAAAAGGGUUUUGGGGCAACUGACAAGACUGUUCAUGCUUUUUACAAAUUUCAGGGGGUGGUGCUGUCUUUCUUUGAUUGGUCGUCCCACUUUAGAGGCCAGAUUUAUGCUUAUAUGGCAAUCUUAUACAUAGAACUACUAUUCGAGUUUGGCCACCUCAGUCAAAAAACUCUGCACCCAGAAUCCAAUAUUUCAGAGAAAACGAGCAGCUUAGAUAUGAAAUGAAUAAAUUGGGAUUUCAGGAUUCCUUGGAGAAUGGGGGACAGAAACUAUGGGUACGAUCAAAUGGACAAAAACAACGAGCGUCUUGUAACUACUUAAGCUCUUCAGAUACUUUUCUUUCAGUAUAUGACCCGUUUAAAAGCAUAACACACGGGGGCACAAUGGUGGUCCCAUUAAGUGCCUCUAGUUGCAGCUGGCAUCAGCUCUCCCUACUUCUCAAACUGUAGGAGUAAUGGGAUUUUUAUGGAGCCAAAGGGAGUCCAGAUGAACGACUGUAAAGUGGUGAUCUCACUGGUGUGAUCAGUCUGCAAAACAUGUUUUUAAUCAUCUGAAAUAUCCACGGGGAGUCUGAAUCUACAACUCUCAGAGUAUAAAUAGAGGAGUCAGAGUUUAAAGGAUAUCUCCUUGUUUGGUUAUAAACAAGCAGAAAACUUUUUUUUCCACUAUAUGGACAAGUGUGGAAGUUUCUGAAACUAGAGGACAGCUGGACAACAUCGCCUUUUGCACUAAUGUGGUUCGUUAAGACUGAAUUUAAUUUACAGAUUCUAUAUUUUCAUGCAGAUGACAUGACUUUGGGCCUUCUGGUUUUUAUCUGUAGUCUGAAUACAGUUGUCCACUUGCGUUUCAGCAGAUGUGACUGUAUGCAGAAUAACAGUCUGUGUGAGGAGUACUAACCACAAUGCAAUCCAAGAUCUCAUCAACCAAAAUUUUAUGGUAAUUUAGCUAUAUCAGUCUUCACUUGGACAGUGUCUCCAAUUUCCAACUCCACUAAAACCGCUGAAGUUUUGAUAUGGACAAUAAACAAUGAUCCCCACAGACAAGGAAGUCAUGGGUAGAAGUCUUUUAUCACUUACCUUUGGCUACACUGGGGGCCUCAAAUAGUUGGCCAUCAUUUCCAGACGACAUAUAGUCAUCAAACAAAGGCCAAUGGAUUUCAAAAUUGUUAUAAUCAAGUAAGAAAAUCUACUUUUCUAGAAAUUAGGUACCUGUUGAACUGCUGUAAACCUUUCUGGCCAUUUAUCAUUUUACAAAAGACCUUAUGUGGAGUUAGUAUUUUAACUGUAAACUCUGCAAAAGGUUUCAUUUGCAGUCUGAUAGUUUCACACUGAAGUUACCAAAAGUUGAGGCUGCGAGGUGCUUUCAACUAAAAUGUUUAACAAUCAAUGAGCCGCAUUUGUUGUGUGAAGUGUUUCAGUAUCAUAAAGUCAAAAAAGUUUGGUGUUAGUAUAAACAAGUGUGAUAUUGGUAAUAUUGUGUUCAGGCAUUAGACAUGUUAAACCAAGGUCCUCACCCCUGCUUCAGUGGUUUCCUCAUUAUUUGGUUGGGGUGUUCGAUUGUCUACAGUGGUGGGAGAUGAAGAAAAUUUGUGGGGCUUCCCUUUGAUAGUUGCAGGGGCUGCUCUCAGGUGGUGGUGGUGGUGGUAGUUGUAUCAUCAGCCAUGGUGCCGUCUUUGCCGGCCUCCAGCGCAGCACCGCUAGAUUUCAGCUCCACCUCGGGGGUUUUAGGAGGAGCUGCUUUCGGAGCUGAGCUGCUGAUAAUUUCAGCAUGAUCCGGGCUGGAUUUGGAGUCCGGGCCGGGCUCAGGCGUACCAUUGGUAAUUGGUUCUGCUGUGGGUGGUUUGGGAAGCUCGGGUGAUGGUGUUGGGGCACACUUAGUUUCAGGAACAGGCGUUGUGGCUUUAGGAGUGGCUGGUUUAGGCUCUGGGCUUGGAGUUGGAGCGGGUUUUGGAUCAGCUGGACUCAAACCAGCCUUGGGCUCUGGGCUUGGUGUUGGUGUUGGUGUAGGUUUCUUCUCAGCUGGACUCAGACUGGCUUUGGGUUCAGGACUUGGGGUUGGGCUGGAUUUAACAUCUGCUGCUUUGGGCAAGUCCAAUUUUGUUUCCACAGGAGGAUCGGGGGUUUUCUUGGUCUCAGGGGCGGGGGAAGUUUUAGUUUCAGCUACUGGACUGGACUUAAUUUCCAAGGCUGGUGGAGCACUUGGCUCGGGUUCAGCAGCAGGUGGUGGGCUUGAUUUGGUUUCAGGGGCAGCAGAGAUGGUUACAGCCACAGAUUCAGACAUUGGAUCAGGGGCAUCAGUGUCAGUGUCCAGUGGAAGGGCGGUAUUAAAGCCAACGCCAGAGUCGCUUGUCUCUAGGUUACCGAUCCCGACCUCCUUAGAAGAAACCUCCAGACCCUAUAAUCAAGCAGACAACAAAGAACCGUAAGCAGCUUUGAACAACCAGACAGUUCAGCAGGAUUUUCAGAGGACUAAAAAAGGGUCAGGAAAGAUAGAACAGACAUACAAGGUAAUAUAAAGGUGCAUAAGGAGAGGAUUAACAGAGUAAAAUAUAGUACAACAAAAAUCGAAUAUAACAGGAGAAAUAAAGUCACAGCCCAGCAACAGUGCAGGGAUAAAAGGUCCCAAAUUUAGUUCAACAAAAGGCAGUGGCAAACAGAAGUUUAAGCCUUGAUUUAAAGAACUGAGAGUUGGAGCAGAUCUCAGGUUUUCUGGGAAAGCUGAAUUCUGCCUCUUCAUGUUUUUGUUUUGGGUAGUAAGAAAAGAGACAGGAAGGGUCUUCCCAGAAGACCUGAGAGAUCUGGAUGGUGGUUCAUAAUAUAACAGCAGGACAGAGCCGUAUGUCAGUCCUAAACCGCAUUCAGGGCUUGAUCAAUCAAAUCAAUUCUUUGUCACAAGGGAGCCACUGCAAAGACCUGAGACCUGGACUGAUGUGAUCCACUUUCUUGUUCUUAGUGAGGAGUCUAGCAGUAGCGUUCAGAAUAAGCUGCAGCUGUCUGAACGCAGAAAACAGUGUAAAAAUGGAGACAUUAUUAAAACCUCUCAAAGAUUGGUUCGAAGAGGGAGGUGCUUCAUGUUUUCUUACUUUAAUGUCCACUUCAGUGCUCUGAGAUUUCUCUGUGUUGUCUGCCUGGGAAUGCUUGGACUCCUCACUGAGUUUGGUGAUGUUUUUUACCACCUGUGAAGACACAGAGGGAGACGAAACAAAUGCCUCAAAGGAGAGCAGGACACACAUCAUUGUUACAAUCAUAAAUAUAAUGCUGCGUUCGAGUUACCUUGGAAAUCAGAAGUCUGAGCUGGGAAUGAUGUCACACCUGAGUUACCAGCGUUUCAGUUACCAAGUCGGAAGAAAGCAAAAUCGGAGGCUACAUCUAUGAAAGUUAUUUUAGCGCUUGCCUUGUCUGAAUAUAAGCAACGACAAGGCAAAUGCUAAAAUAACGUUCGUAGAUGUAGCCAUCUUGUUUCUGCCUCCGAUUUUGCUUUCUUCCAACCUGGUAACUGAAACGCUGGUAACUCAAGUGUGACGUCAUUCCCAGCUCGCACUUCUGACUUCUGAGGUAACUCGAACGCAGUAUAACCAUGUGAGUUGUGUUGUUGUCUCUCUCACCUGUCUGAAGGCCUCCCCCUCAUCCUCUUUGCCAGCAUUCUGGGCGAUCUUCUCCAGCGCUGCAGCUCUCUUCGCCCUUUUCUUCACUUUGAUCAGGCAGGAAAGAAGACACACCAGCAGAAGGAAAACCAGCAGGCCUAACAGGGCGAUGAUGGCCACAUACAGAGACUCCAGCUUGUAGGCUGCAUGAAGGCAUUGUAGGAAAAAAAAAGGCGAGAAAAGGACAGGAGUGGGAGAGUAAAUAAUUCAACUGACCUUUCAUUGACGUGUUCAAAUUCCAGAGCGUGAAUACAGCCGACAAAAGAAAGGGAUUAUUCUUUUGCUUUUGGCUACAAAAACUUAAUUUUUUGCAUUGUUAUGAUGUGACAUCAUCCUUUAUUAGGUGGGGCAUUAAAACUGUAAUUUAAUAUGUCUUCAACCUUCCUCAUACUUACGCUCUACGAUCAGGUCGAUCUGGGACACCACAAAUUCCAGCACAUCUUUAAUCUCAAACAGGCCCUCAUCUACACGGGUGACCUGGUCUAGAUAAACCAGCGAGCCCUCCAUGGAGAGACGAUCCUGCAAAUUCAGCUCCUCUUUGGCCUGGAGUGAAGACACACUUUUAAAUCAAUAGCUGUAAUUCAAGAGAAAAACAUGUCGACAGCACCUAUGACUGGUCUAAUAGAGGAAAGGAUAUAAGCACAACACAAACCAUGAAGGUUUUAAAUGUUUAAGCUCACUGAACCACACGCUGAAGCGACGGUGGCUCAUAAUGGUUUCAAUGUCCAGUGUCAGCAUUAGUAAGCUAUUAACAUCCUCAAGCCAUUAGCAGUAACACUUAAGAAAGCUGUAAAACUGUUACACACAUCACAGGUAGCGGUCUUGGAAAAGAGAGGAGAAAACCGACCGAGCGAGACCGAAUGACGAGGAAGAGGAAGGGCAGUAGGAAGGAGGGAUGUAAUGACGCAGGAUUUAAAGAGAAUUUCUUCAAAGAAUGUCAAAUAAAAAGUAAACAAGAGUUUUUUGGUACAUUGCAACAGACUGUGUUAAACUAUAAGGCUAUAUUUGUGCAGAUAGGAACUAGAGAAUUAACAAAGCGCUCGAAAUAUGUGAAACUAGAUGAUAGUUGAGCAUUACAGCAUUCCUUAGUAACCUUUUUUAACUCUGCUAUAUUAGACAGAAAAAAGAUUUUAUAUGUGGGUGAAAAAAAAAGAGAUUUACACUUGUGAAUUCUCCUUUCUCCAGCAGCAGACGGGGUGUGGGGUCUCUAUUGGGGGUGUAGUAGAGCUGGACCAGAGAGCUGUUGGGGAUCAGGUUGAUCUUUAGUUUUGUCCCAUAUGGCAGAGUCAAGAAGCUAAUGUGCCCUGAGACAUAGACAGAGAGAAGACAAGGGACAAGACAGGACACAUCAUAAAUACACCCCCACUCUGUGUAAGGCUCAUGGAUCCUCUAAAGUGCAUUAGUCUGCUAGAGCCCAUUAACGUUCAGGUCUUUAAAAAGCCAUUAUGACAGACAAGAGGAGCGUUACAACCAAAGAGGAAACAACAACAACAACAUCCUGAUGAAAGGUUCAGGUCGUUAAGAAAAGGUCAAGCGUUAGAGGGAGGGAGGGGGAAACGCGUGAUCUGUGCUCUCACCUCUGACUUUGAGACACACUUUCUUCUGGAUGUCACCUAUGGCAUCCCUGACCGUGUAGCUCCCUUGGUCUGCACCUGUGACAGUACUGAGGGUGACAUGGCGCUCACUGACGCUGAUUCGACCCUGGUAGCCGUCUCUGGACAACCCCGUGCUGGUUAGCAGUAUCAGAGCAGGUCUGCAUGAGAGAAAGCCAGAGAUUAUGUACCUUACUUAACCUUUUCAUGGUGAAACUGAGGCACGCUGUCACAGUACAUAUGCAUCAUAGCAGGAAAAUGUCAUUCCAAAGUGUUGUGGUGAAAAGAUCAGUAUUAUUUUGUGGACUCUACCUGGAUGUCUGGUUUGCCUCCACAGAAAGGGGCCUGUACUCCAGCGUGAUGGGUUGAAUUACCUCUUUUAUUGGAAUAUUUAAGUUGUCUCCAUAGAAGAUGAUCUGCUCGUGGGUGCAAUCUAGGAGUUAAAACAGGGUUGUAAACAGUUAAUUCCAGUGUUGUAUAAAGUACUUAACAAAUAUACUUGAGUUGAAGUAAAGAUACCUUACCAGAAAUGACUCAAGUCAAAGUAAAAGGGUAACACUUUACAAGAACCAUAACUUAGAAAUGGUGAAUAGACCAUUUAUAAAUGGUGAGCAGAUAGUCUAUUAAUGUUUAAUCAUCAUUUACAAAUAGCAUAUAGAGCAUUAAUACAUUUAAAUUUUACAAUUUUAAAAACCUAACCCUAACUUAACAAUAACCAUCUAAGUAAUGUUUAUAGGUGGUUUAUAGUCCACUUAUUAAUCAUUUACAAAGUACUACAAACAUCUGUUGCAACUUUACAAUAACCAUCUAAUGUUUAUAGGUGGUUUAAAAAACAAAUAUUAACCAUUUACGAAGUGCUACUGACACACAUUUUAAUCUAGAUGUUUUACAACCAAUAUUUGAACCCUAUAUAAACCUUAAUGAAAAUGAUUAAUCAUAAUUUUAUUGUUAUUAAUGGUAAAGUAACUAUUAACUUACAUUAAUAAACUAUCUUUUUGCCAUUUAUAAUUGGUCUAUAUGCUGUUUUUAAAUGAUGAUUAAACAUCAUUAAACUGUCUAUUUACCAUUUAUAUAUUAUAGUUAUUGUAAAGUGUUACCAGUAAAAGUCUCCCAUGAGAAUUCUACUCAAGUCGAAGUCUUAAAGUUUAUCACAUUCUCUCCGCUUAAGUAUCAAAAGUACUCAAGUAAAUGUACUCCAAGUAAAAGUAGAAAGUCAAAGUCAAAGUACAAAUAAAUAUAGACUUAAUUUUCAAGUCACUUAUGCCCAAAUAAGCACACAUUUCAGGUGGGCGCAAGCAACAGCUUAGAAAAAUAAAUGGACACACACACACACACACACACACACACACACAUACAAACCAACAAUCAGGAGAAACAAUAGUGCAUCCUCCUAUAGUCAAAGAACUUCGGACGCCAAUUUGGCACGAUGAGAACCAUCAAAACAGCCACUGGACAUUUAAGUGGGUGCAAGCAACUGCACAGCCUACAAGCGGCUGUGGACAUGCCCGGGCUUGAGUGACUGAUUGACGAUGAUCAAGCACAACGCAAAUCAACAUAAGGUAGAAGGGAAAAUGUUUUUUUCCCCUACCUGCUGUCAUAGUAACAAAGUAAAAAUAGUAGUCAUGAAGAUGCGUCCGUGAAAUGCAGUGGAGUUAAAAGUAUACUUUUAUUUUUAGAAAUGUAGACAAGUAAGAGUAACAGGCACACAAAAAAACUCCAGUAAAGUACAGAUACUUCAAAAUUUUACUUCAGUACUGAGCUUAAGUAUUGCUACUUACUAUAAAUAUGGUUUUUAUUCUGUUGGAAAGAGGAAACCACAAGGUGAUUUCUGCAGAUGGGAUAUUGCACGGUAUUUGAGUAAGAAGGAGAGGAUGUAUUUGCUUGGGGUGAUAUAAAAAAAUAGAAAUUAGAGUGCAAAAAGGACAGAUGGGGUGAAGGGGUGAGUGAGGAAGGGUUAGGAGGCAGAAAUGGCGUGACAGAUGUGGGGAAAAGGGAGCCAAAUUGCAGAGAGAAGAGCAGUGAUCCAAGAAUAUCAGAGGAGCUGAAAUGAAAGGGUAAGGACAAAUGAAACAGGGGGAAAAGACAGUAAAGACAAGAUAAAGACAGGAAAACAGCAGGGAGGGAGGAAGAAGAGAGGAGUGGAUUGGUGGUUAAAAAGCUGCAUAAUUACUGCCUGGCACUCAAACACACACACACACACACACACACGCACGCACACACAGACACACACACUUCACAGCACGCUACUCCCUCCAUAUGGUGCUUCUUUCAAAUAUUGCUACUCCACAGUGGUCUGUAUCCAUGCUGGGUUUGAGCCCACUCCUUCCUCUGUGUGUGACCUCCACGCACGUCUGUGUGUGUUUGUGUUUGUGUGUCUAAUCUCUUCAGAAUUACUCGACAGAGGCCAGAGUCUGUGCUGCUGAACCUUGUAGCGCUCAAGAGGACAAAAAGGAUGUGUAACACGGAGGUUGAUUCUGCUGCUGACUGAAUGAUUAAAGCGGGAGAAAUGACAGCUCUUACACAGCUCUGACGCUGACUCCAGAUCAGAUUUAAGAGGCUUAUUUCUCAGGGGAGGGGAUUGUAAGGCUGAUGGCAGUCAGAAGAGGAUGAAAUGUUCAGAUCCUCUUCUCUUAUGGAAGUAACAAAACCACCAAUAAAACAACUGAUUACCUGAAAAAAAAUGUAGGCACUUAAAGUCCCACUCCAAUUUUUGUAACUAUUUAAGAGUGUUAUCAGUGAUUAUGAAGUUUUUAGCCAAAAUCGAGUUACCUGUGUCAUUUUCAAGGGUUUUUCUUCUACAGAGCUCCAGUAGCUCAUUAGCGAUUCACCUCUGAGUCGUGGGCGGAGACAGCGCUGCUCUGCACACUUCUCCUCGAGUUAGUUUGCAGCCUAACAUAGCUGGUGUAGUAGAGGAGGCACGUAACAUAGGAGCUAUUCAGCUCUCAGACACUAAUGUCUUUAGGGACACGAUGAAAGUUAAUAUCAUAAUUAGCUUUCUUACAAGCAAUUCAGUCCGCUAAUGAACACGCUUGCUCCGUGAUCGCCCUCUCUAAAUCUCUGAGUAUGGCCUGCAUAGCAGGGCUCCAGGGGCGGAGCUUGGCUUAGUUAUGUAAAAAAUCUCACUGUGUCUGAUCCUGCCGUUUGGGUCUGCCAGAGAUUCACAGUGAUUUAAAUGUAGAAAUACUCAGAAAUGUAAUUUCGCACUUCUUUAAAUCAUGAUAUAUUCUCUAGUAUCAGAAAAAUGCCAUAUGAACAUGUAGACAACAAGAAAAACAUGAUUCUCAUCGGAGUGGGUCUUUAAAGUUUUAGUUCAUCAGUGAAAAUAAUCAUUUAUUGUUAAAAUGUACCAAAUAUUAAAAAUUGAAGCGCUCAAUGCAGGAACGUGGCUGCUCUUGGUAUCAUAUUUCACUGACAGAAACCCAACUGGGACCUUUUUUUCUUACUCUUUCUCUUAAGGUGUCAAGAUGUCACUCGGCAUCACUUCAUCAUCACCAUCCCUUAUGUUUCAGUCACUCGUGUAUCAUCCUCACCUCUGACAGUAAGCUUGAUGCGUUUGACGUUCUCUGGAUCUUCUAGAUUCUUUAUGGUGUACACACCCUCGUCCGCCUCACCCACGGCGUCUAUAAUGAGGUGGCUGAGUUUGACGUUGACUUUGGCGCGACUGUUGACCACGAUGUCACCGCGCAUCAAGUCCACUUCAGGCGCCCGGGUUCUGUCUUUGAACGUCACCUCCAUUGAGUGUGAGGGCAGCAUGAUGUGGAAAUCCUCCCCGUGGAAAAGAAUCAGUUCCUCCGCAUCAACUGGAUUAGAGGAUGGAAAAAUGGAGGGGAGAGCAUCGAAAAACACAAGAGAGGGUAAGAAAAGUUCAAAAAUUUAUAAUUGAUGAGUGAUGGAUUCAGAAUUUUAUAUUACUCACUGGUAGACUGAAUCUUACCAUUUACAGGGGCGGACAGAGCUGCAAACAAGACAAGGAGAAUAAAUUAUAAACAUAUAUUUUUAUCAGUGUAAAUGUAUGAACAACCUGUUUUUCUUUCCCGACCAGCAGGGGCGGGUCCAGAUCUUUUUGAAUGGGGGGGGGG